GAAUACCUAUUACCAGCGCGUCGUAUUUUGCCACCAUGACGCUUAACCAAGUUAGGCACGUGUUUCGCUCCGACACGGAGGUUCCCUUGCCUUUGAUUGAAGAAAGACAUCGUGUGCUGAAUGAGAGUGGAACCGUUCUAUUAGAGAACUUUGGAGGCUCUUUCCUCACCUGCGUUAAAAUGAGUAAGAACAGUGCUCAGAAACUGCUACGUCUAGUACUGGAAAGUUUUCCUUCUUACAGAGAUGAAGCUGUAUUUGAGAACAAGAAGGUGUCUUUCUACAAAAGGGCACAAAUACUUGUGGCUGAUACAUGGAGUGUAUUAGAAGGCAAAGGGGAUGGCUUUUUUGAUGACAUUUCUAGUCUGACUAUAUUUGCUGACUACAGAAUUCCUCAAGUUCUCGUUCACUUAAAAGCAAUGAAGUAUUCUGAAGAACUAAUGAAGAAACUGCGUGAAGGAAAAGUUUUCCAAUCUGGAGAUAAAGAGGAAGUGGAGAUCCGUGGCUGUUCUAUCUGGUGUUGUGCAUUGAUUUGUAAGCACCUGCUGGAGCUCUAUGAGAAAAAGGGUCAGGACAUGCGUGAGAAGAUCAAUGCGGUUUUACUGGAUUAUUACCUCUGGGACUAUGCCAGGAGUCAUAGAGAAGAGAUGAAAGAUAUUCCGUUUCACCGAGUACGGUGUAUAUAUUACUAAGUCUGGUCUGAUAGCUGUUGUAUUGAUGCAUUGUCUUU